AUGAGCCUCAAAGUCGUCAUCGUUGGUGGGAGCUUUUCCGGCCUAAGUCUUGCGAACAUGCUGGAAAGAUUCGACAUUGACUUUGUCCUUUUGGAAGGGCAUUCUAGCAUUGGACCUCAGCUCGGCGCAAGCGUCGGACUACUUCCCACUGGUUUGCGCAUCCUGGACCAGCUUGGCUGUUACGACGAAAUUGAGAAGACGGUCGGAAAUGCACAUUACAAAGCGUGUAUGACUCUCUUUGGUGGAAGAUCGUGGGUAGAUCCGGAGGAGAAGACCGUUUGCCAAAAGCUAGAGGAGAGAAUCGGGUACCCACAAGUAUUCAUCGAUCGUCAAGACGCACUCCAGAUCCUGUUCAACAAUCUCAAAUCUAAGGAGCGCGUUCUCACGAAUAAGCGUGUCUGUAGAGUUGAGCACGAAGCGAGCGGCGUCAAAGUCUUCACCAAGGAUGGGUCAACGUAUACAGGUGACUUUGUUGUCGGAGCAGAUGGCGUUCAUAGUGCUGUCAGACAAGAAAUGUGGAGGAUUGCAGAUGAGGACGGGUUAGAUGUUUUCAAAUCUGACCCAGUUCGAGACCUUCAAUGCGAAUCCAUGUGCAUCUUUGGCAUCUCCAAAAGGCCUUCUGGCCUUACGGCGUCGCCUUUGCGACUCAAUGCAUUCUUCAAAGACUGCAACUAUCUGGUCAUAUCCGCUCCCGAAGACCGUACCUACUGGUUUUUGAUAACCGAGACGCCGAAGGCAUUCGGAAAAGACAUCCCAAGGUAUACAAAAGAAGAUGAACAGGCGCUGGUAGAGCGGCAUCUCCAGGAUCGUAUUACAGACAAGGUCACGUUUGAGGACCUGUAUGCGAAUCGAUUGCAAACGACGCUUGUAAGCGUUGAAGAUAAUGCGUUCACCCGUUGGCACUACCGGAGGAUUAUCACGACAGGCGACGCUGCGCACAAGGUACACCCUCUCAGCGCACAAGGUGCCAACACUGCUAUCGAAACGGCUGCCGUGCUAACGAACACUCUUCUUACGGCAGUACAAGCCAAGGAACCCGAAAAGUCAUUUACGGAAGACGACAUCGUCUCGAUCUUUACAGAAGUUCAGGCCGCUCAAUUUAAUCGAGCCGUCGCCGCCGUCAAUCAAGGCCGUAUGAUGAACUCGAUAACAGUCAAGGAAACCUUGCGAUCACGCAUGUUUAUCAACUACUUCUUUCCUCGCUUCGGACAGGGCAUGAUAUUCAAAACAUGGGUCAAAAGUACUAUCAAUGGCCCCCUCAUCAACAAUCUUCCCGUUCCAGCACGAUAUGUAUCUGCAGUCGGUCGCUACGCAAAUGCCUGCUCCGGGCGAUGGCGCUUCUUGUGGAGCUUGAUACCGAUAGGCGUCGGGAUGGUCGCUGUUCUACUCUCAACAGUGAGAGCUCGGAAACUCCAAUAG